AUGCAAGGCUUGCAACUCGCUCCUGGGCAAGAGGCUAAGCAAUUCACGACCAAGACGAGCGAUACGCAUCCCAUCAACGUGUCGAUGCUGGUCCCCGUGGAUACUAUGCCAAUGCUGGUCAACCACCUAGCAACGAUACCCGUCUCAAGCGUGAAAUCGCCAGGAAAGCCGCUGCUUUGCCCAGCCUCGGACGAGGUCUGGCAGUCGACCGUGAUGGCCAAUCAGAUUGGAGGGAACGCUCCUGUCCCCAUCACCGCGAUUCCACAACCGACGACUAACCUUGGCAUCGGGAAUCUCCUGCUCAGCAGUUGUCCUGGGAAAAAGGUUCGGCUGGAUGGGCCAGUCCGAGGACGAGCGGCCAUCUGCCGUGACCUGAAGUUGGAUCUGGGCAGGAUCAAGGAGAUGGGCGUAGGCUGUAUCGUAUGUUGUCUGGAUGACAACGAGUUGCGGUACCUGGGUGCGCCUUGGGAGGAGUAUCGAGCUCGGGCUGCAGAAUUGGGCCUCCAGGUCAUGAGAAUUCCGAUGCCCGAAGGCUUGACACCAUCCUCACUCACUACAUUCGACGAGCACGUAGAGAAAGUCAUCCGGAACUAUACCCUCAAGGGAGUGCAUGUACUUGCGCAUUGCCGUGCCGGUGUCGGUCGAGCUGGGUUGACCGCGUGCGCAUGGGCCAUCAAGAUGGGGAUCGCCGGACCUCUGCCCGAUCUGGAACUGCAACUGAGCCAACUCACAGAAGAGGGACAAGAUUCUCAGGCGAUUUGCGAAAACGCUCGAGUCAUGUCGACCGUCGAGAGGGUGAUCUGCUUGAUCCGUCGUCGAAGGAGCAUCAAAGCGAUAGAGACGUUUGAGCAAGUCAACUUUUUGGCUAGCUACGUGGCGUGGUUACGACGAGAAUCCGGGUUGGCGUCUGCAAACGAGAUGCAAUAG